AUGGAACAUCUACAUUUAAAUUUAGACAAUGUUCAUUGCAAGGAUUGCGAAGAGAAAAUCUAUGCUACGUUUAAUAAAUUUUUCAAAACUAUAAGGUUGGACGAUAAAUGGUCUGAGGAAGUCGAUAUUCCUUUUAAUAAUGAAAAUACCGUAUUUACACAUAUCAAGGGAGGUAAGGUCGAUUUGUAUUAUAAGCCAAAAGUUGACUCAGUAGAGUCAACUCUACAAAAUUCAAUCAAGAGGAUCACGAAGCACUUAUCGAGAACCGGAUUUGAUGUUUUAUCGUGGGAAUUUUAUAAAAAAGGAGAAUUGGUACUAAGCUCCGAGAAUAUACAAGAAAUACAAGCUGUUAGUGAUAAUGAUGUCAAUACCAAUGACUGGUUUUUUGAUUUAUUUAAUAUUUGGUCCAGGUAUAAAGACCAGAGACAAGUUAACAAUCACUUGAAGUAUUGUACCAAAUGCUCAGAAGAAAAGAAUCUAAGGAGUUCGAAAGCUUCUGUCUCGAAGAGAGAUAGUUUCCUGUCAGAUGGGUCAUUUGAAACAGUGGUUGAUAAAACCAACAACGAGUUCCGUGCUGUAUUUUCGAUUUCAGGCAUGAGCUGUGCUUCUUGUGUACAAUCAGUUUCAGAAAUAAUUGGAAACUUUUUAGGAGACAAGGUAGAUAAGGUGGUUGGGGCUGAAUUAAAUUAUUCUGUCAAUUUGCUUCUGCAUACGGCUGUCGUUAUUGUUCCUAAUAAACAGAUAAUCAAUAAACUUAUUGAUUUGAUUAACGAUAGUGGUUUUGAGUGUCGAUUAUUAGAAGUUUUGCCCGUCGAGAGAUCUGUUAAUCUUAAGAUAACAGCUGUUCUUGGUGGAAUCACCUGUGCUGCUUGUGCUACCUCAAUUCUGUCUGCCGUUAAUGAGUUACCAUUUGUAUUGGACUGUGGUAUUAAUGUUGUUACGAAAACAGGUCAGUUUGUAAUGGAAGAACCUUCAAAUAAAGAAAAUAAUUUGGAAACGUUGAAGGAGACAAUUGAAGAUUGCGGCUUUGAUUUUCAGCUAAUAAGUAGUACUAAAAUUAACUAUACACUGGGUAAGAAACAAUCCAGGUCAAUUAAUGUAAGUGUUAAAGGAAUGUUUUGUGGUCAUUGUCCGGAGGUAAUAACAAAUUAUUUGUCGAGUUAUGGUGAGGCAGUAAUAAUCGAUGAUCCCAUUACGUUAAAGCAUCCAUAUAUCAAAUUUACCUAUAUUCCUAACCAAGAGAAAAUGUUGAAUAUAAGAAGGUUUCUCUUUGAAUUGAACCAUUUAGAACCUAGCAAUUCUGAACUAGGGUAUACGAUAAACAAUGAUAAAGAUGGUGUCUUUGAUUGUGAGUUGGUGGAACCAGUCACAAUGGAUGAGCAUAUUCGUAAAUUGUCAAAGCGAGAAACCAAGAGAAUAUUGAUUAGAUUGAUAAUCGCUACGAUAUUUGCAAUUCUCACAUUUAUAUUUGGUGUUGUUGCAAUGUCAUUGCUACCAAGUUCAAACGACUUUCGUAAAUGGGUAGAGGAGCCUAUAUGGGCUGGUAAUACUUCGCGUAAUACAUGGGUUUUACUUAUCUUGAGUACUCCUGUGUACUUUUUUGCAGCAGAUAUUUUUCACAGGAAGGCUAUUAAGGAAAUAAAAUCAUUAUGGUUCAACAAAAACUCGUUUAAAAAGAGGAUAUUUAGGUUUGGUUCUAUGAGUCUAUUAAUGUGCCUCGGUACUUCAAUAGCAUACUUUGCAAGUAUAGCCUUAUUGAUACUAAGUACACAACAAGAAGCUAAUUCUAAUAUGGGAUUACAUACUACUUAUUUCGAUUCAGUUGUGUUUUUGACGUUCUUUUUACUUAUAGGGCGGUUAUUGGAAAGUUUUUCCAAAAGUAAAACAGCGGAAGCCAUUUCUAAUCUCGGACGCUUAAAGCCUUCUCAAGCUACUUUACUUGAAGUAGUUGAUAUUAAAUCUGACCCUGUCGAGUAUACGAAUGAUAAAGUUGUGGAUGUUAAUCUUUUAGAGGCCAACGAUUAUAUUCGUAUUGCUUCAGGUGAAUCGCCUCCCGUUGAUUGUGUCAUUAUAGAGGGAGAAUCAAAGUUUGAUGAAUCUGCUUUAACUGGUGAAUCUACUCCUGUGAAGCAUUCACCUGGGCAUCAAGUAUUUUCAGGAACAGUCAAUGUAGGAAAUAAUUCAAUUAUUGCUAAAAUUGUAAGCUUGGAAGGUGAUUCUUUGAUCGAUCAAAUAGUGAAUACUGUUCGUGAUGGUCAAUUACGUAAAGCUCCUAUAGAAAGAACUGCUGAUUUAUUAACAGGUUACUUUGUUCCUAUUAUUACAAUGGUAGCACUUAUUACUUGGAUUAUUUGGUUGUCUUUAGGCCAUUCAGGUGUAUUGCCGGAUAGCUAUUUGGACAUUGAUAUUGGUGGAUGGACUGUUUGGUCUUUAGAAUUUGCGAUAGCCGUUUUCGUGAUAGCAUGCCCAUGUGGAAUUGGUUUGGCAGCUCCUACCGCACUUUUUGUUGGUUCAGGCUUAGCCGCAAAAUAUGGUAUUUUGGCCAAAGGUGGAGGCGUCGCCUUUCAAGAUGGGGCUAACAUAAACACGAUUUGUUUUGAUAAGACAGGCACUUUGACUUAUGGUGAACUAAAGGUCACGGACUAUGCAUUUGUAGCUGAUGGAAAUGACGAACCAAAUUAUGAAGAAGUGAUUAGACAUUUUAGUUUACAAUUUGCUAGAGAUUUGGAGUUGGCUUCCAAGCACCCAUUAGCGAAAUCAGUCAAAGCUUUUGUUGAUAAUCAUGGGUUCAAGAAAUAUAAUAUUCAGCCAUCUCAAAAUAAAAUACCCCAAGUGGAGAAUGUUUCAGGAAGGGGUCUUAAAGGGCAUGUAAUACUUGAGUCUGUGACUGAUGGAAGUAUUUGGCAAAAAUAUAGACCAACAGAAGCUAUCUUGGGCAAUGAGGCAAUGCUUGAUGACAAUAAUGUAGCGAUUACGCCUAAUGAACAAAAGAUUUUAAAGAAGUGGAAGCUUGAGUGUAAAUCGAUUAUUUUAGUUGCAAUAAAGUGUUCUCUGCUCUUUAAGGAUGAAAAGUUCCAUUUGACUUUUAUUAUGGCAUGUCGUGAUCAGGUUAGAUCUGAAACAAAGGUUGUUAUCAAAUACUUACAGGAGAAGCAACACAUUGAUUGUUAUAUGAUUACAGGGGAUAAUAAAUUAACAGCCGAAGCAAUUGGCAAGGAACUAAAUAUCCCCACGGAAAAUAUCAUUAGUGAAGUAUUACCAGAUGAAAAACAAGAACAGAUCAAAACCCUCCAAAAAACAAAAUCCAAUGUUGUUGCAAUGAUUGGUGAUGGUAUAAAUGAUUCUCCAGCACUUGCAACAGCGAAUGUUGGGAUUGCGUUAUCAUCAGGGGCAGAUUUAGCAGUGACAUCAAGUGAUUUUAUUUUAUUAAAUAAAUCCCAUCCUUUGAUUACCUUGGUUACUUUAAUUGACUUAUCAAGAGUUGUUUUUAGAAGAGUAAAAUUUAAUUUUGCUUGGAGUUUGGUAUAUAAUAUGAUUGGAAUACCUAUUGCAGCCGGAGUAAUCUAUCCCUACAACAACUCUAGGUUAAAUCCUGUUUGGGCAAGUGCUGCAAUGGCAGCAUCAUCGAUAAGUGUGGUCAUGAGUAGUUUGGCGUUAAAGUUAUAUAAACCAAGAGUUAAUGUUGAUGAUGUUAUUCAAGUUGAUGAAAAUCUCGAAGACGACGCAGAACCAUGUGAGACUUCUGUAAAAUCCCAAUAA